UGGCUGGAGGUAAGCCAUCAGAACAUGGACUUGAGCGGCCUGAUCCAACCUCUUCAGGGCUGUGCUGUUUGAUAUCGCUUUAAGUGUCCCAUUCUUAUUCACAUUAGAAGACAACAUGUUUCUCAACACUCAAAACCUCCUGCUUGGCGCUCUCGGCCUGGCAUUACUCAUAAACACAGCAGGUUCAUCACCAGCAUCCGCACCUGCAAACCACCCUGUUAGAUGGCGCCUACAUCUCUAUCAGAACACCCGUUGCUCAGGAGCAGAUACCGUCUACUCGGGCUCUGGCUCGCUGAAAUGCGAGAAUGAGAUCUUGAACGGCGGUGCGUUGGGCUACAUCAAUGAGAUGCGUCAACCGCCUUGCGAGGUGGUACUGUUCAGCGAUGCGAAGUGUAAAAGGUCGAUUGGCACUAUUGCGCCGGAUAGUCCGAGGAAAUGCCAGGCUCCCAAGGUUGAGGGGAAGAAGGCUGAGAUUCGCAGUUUCGAGGUGAGGUGUUAA